AUGCAAGACAUGAUAUAUGUUGUUGGCGCAAGCAAGCAUGGUGACGAUCAAGUAAUCCUCCAAUCUAAGUUGAGUCAUUUUGUAGAUGGUCACCGCAUGCAAGACAACGACCUCCUCGUCUUUAGAAGCAAGGGGAAAGCCCAGCUCGAAGUUCUUGUCCUUGACCCGAGCGGUUGUGAGAAAACCUGGUUUGACACGGGAAACUCUUCAAACGUUUCCAGAGAAGGCCGUCGUGCACACGCUCAGAACACGGCUUCAACAUCCUUCGGUUGGGCUAAAUCAGGACUCCAAGCUCGCGAGUCGAAUGAAGCAGGUUUACAAGCUCCUAGGUCCAACAACUACAUAUCAACCCAAUCGACCCCUCUACAUAGCCAACAGAAAGAGAAAGUCGAAGAGAGGGUUCGGGCAAUUGGUUCCCAAUUUCCUGUGUUUGUUAAAGUGGUUAGCUCCAGUGAGGUUGUUACCAAAACUUCUCUGUACUUGGGCCCGGAGUAUGCUUCGGCAUGUCUCCUGACCCAGCCAGGACGUCUCCGCCUCCUGCUGGACGGCGACGACAGGGAUUGGGACUGCAUGUUGGGCUUGAGGAAAUCUAACAAAACUUGGUGGAUCGACAGAGCCUGGCCGAAAUUCAUCUCGGAUGUCGGGCUGGAGGAAGAUGACAUCUGCCUCUUCGAACUGACGGACACGAGCAGUCUCACGAUGAAGGUCCAUGUGAUCCGCAAGUCGGAUAUACCGGCGCCAUGA